UGCAGUUGUCACAAACGUUUGCUGUUGACGAUGAGCAACAACGACGAUGCUGAAGCAGCUCUCUUUGUUGAAAUCUUCCGACGAGACGACGACGAAGCCUCUCUCCCUCCAAAGCUGGUGGAAGCGUAUGUGGCCGUGGUGGAACCAAAACGAUGUGGUUCGCUCCUCAAGAUCCUUGGAAGAGACCUGCCGCUUGUUGGGACCACAACGAAUGAUGCGAAGAGUGACAAGACUACCGGUACUAGUAGGCCGUUGCCAUCAUCGAAGCCGCCAGCAUCGGUGCCCAGGUGUCUGGAUUUGUCCCAUCUGAAACGCGUCAAGAAGCCAUUUCUCAGCUUGGAAAAGAACAAUAAUGGCACACAAAGUCCCACGAAGAAGAAAGCCAAGCAUUCCGAUGACGAGAAUUGUAAAAACCAACAAAGAGCUCCACUAUUGGAAAUUCUCCUGCAGUCUGUGGAUUCUCUGGAUGGAGCCUAUGGAAAGGAACGGAUGAAGACACUAGCACCAUCUAAAGACGACAAUCUUCAUUCUUCUUCCAUUGUAGACUUUCUCAAACAACGCUAUCAGAUUGAGAUCAUCGAGAAAAGGACAGUCCCUGGUAGACCUCCAGAGUCACAUCAAGAAUGGCAAGACGCACAACAGAAAUAUUGGCCCACCGUCUUUUUCCCGCAAAAAUCCAAGGAACACAAAGACCAACUGUUGCAACUCUCAAACCAAGAACUGCAACAAAUGACAAAGGGAAUGCAAGAGGCGAUCCAGGAUUGCCAAAAGGUCAAUCAAUCACAGUCCGGUGGUGACUCAAGCCAACAAUUACUAGAAGGCGCAAUCAUUAUGGAUCCAAAGAAUGCACUGGUUGUAUCUACGUCGGCGGACGAAAGAACGAUGCAAAUGACUACUAGUAGUAGUGGAACAAAUUCAACCACAAAAGCAGACACCGCACAAUCCGAAACCAAAACCACCAGUAUUCUCAACAACCCGUUGGCCACUCCAAUUCUCUUGGCCAUUCAAGGAGUGAGUCGGAUUGAACGAAACAAGGCAGUAGCCGCAGGGAUGGGGAGCACAGACUUUCAAAAGGGACAAUAUCUCUGCACCAACUAUGACCUUUACACGACGUUGGAACCAACCGUCUUUGAAGCAAUGGCAUUGGUGCACAGUCGAAUACGAAGAAUCGUAUUUGGGAAAACUCGCAGGGGCGGGAGAGGAGGUAUUCACCAAUUCCACAUUCAUGCAUUGCCCAGUACCAACCAUCAUUUUCGUGCCUUUCAAUGCCAACCAGAAUGUGAAUCAGAUCUGUGGAAGCAGUGUCAACAGCUUCCAGCUACAGGGGACUUAGCUAGCUAAAACUAGUAACGAUAAAACAAGAGUGGUAACAAUGUCACAACGCCCGAAAAGAAGGAGGAGCUCUUCAUUGGAUUCUCAGGCUCCGAUAUCGGCUUUCGGGGUCACCAUCCACUAGGUCAUCUGACCUUGGGAGUC